AUGUCGUACGGGCACUCUGCAUUUGUGCCGCCGCAGCACAUGUCGAACGAUGCAUACCGCUACUCACAGCCUCCGUCCUCGUCGCCACAGUGGAUGGAGAAUGUGAAGGAGUACUCGUCGCAGGCCGAGGACCUGAUCGAUGCGUGGUCGCAGCCGAUCAAGCCGUACCUCCCUGCGCUCGGCCGCUUCUUGAUUGUGGUGACCUUUUUGGAGGACGCCAUGCGUAUUCUGACGCAGUGGGGUGACCAGACGACCUAUCUGAACCGCUACCGCGGCAUCCCGCUCUUCCUCACGCACGCCUUCCUCUUGCUGAACGUGCUGGUGAUGACCGCCGCAUCGAUCAUGGUGAUCAUCCGCCGCUUCCCCGAGAUCAGCGUCGCAUCGCUGCUGGGUGUGAUUGUGCUGCAGGGACUUGGAUACGGCCUGAUUACCGACUUUAACUUCUUCCUGCGCAACCUGUCCGUGGUCGGCGGUUUGCUCAUGGUGCUGUCCGACUCCUUUGCGAACCAGCGCAAGAACCUGUUUGCAGGCCUGCCGAACGUCAGCGAGACGGACCGCAAGAUCUACUUCCAGCUCGCGGGCCGUGUCCUGCUCAUCUUUCUCUUUAUCGGCUUCGUGUUCCAGGGUGAGUGGAGCUUCUUCCGCGCCGCCGUGUCGGUGCUCGGCUUUGGCGCGUGCAUCAUGGUUGCGGUCGGCUUCAAGGCGCGCUGGAGCGCCAUGUUCCUGGUGCUGCUGCUGAGUGUGCUCAACAUCGCGGUGAACAACUUCUGGACCGUGCACUCGGCGCACCCCCAGCGCGACUUUUUGCGCUACGACUUUUUCCAGACGCUGUCCAUUGUCGGUGGCCUGCUGCUGCUGGUCAACAUGGGCCCGGGUGGGCUCUCGAUGGACGAGCGCAAAAAGGUUACUUAA